AUGGUGUUCUCCGCUUCCAGUUGGUGUUCUUCUCCGAAUGAUGAGCUAAGUGAAGUUACUGUGACAAAAAUUGGGUUUAAAAUCAAAGAAUAUGGAUUCCAGCUUCUUUUCCGGAUGAUGAGUUCAGAGUCUUUACCGCGAAAAAAAUUGGAUUCCCUGCACUUCACGUUCAUUUUCAAGAAUCUCACAACUCAGGAGCGCCCUAAAAGCUACAUGGCUACUUGCCAUUUCAACGCUCUUCGUUUAAUCUCGCUCUUUAUCUUUUUCACCCACCAACUGUCCACGGCGGAGUAUACCAUCGGCGUCAACUAUGGCACGGUGGCUGACAACCUCCCACCGCCCUCUCAAGUGGCUGCUUUCAUCAAAGACCAAACCACCAUUGACAGAGUCAAAAUCUUCGACGCUAACCCCGACAUUCUUCGAGCCUUUGCCAACACCGGAAUUUUGCUCACCAUCUCCGUCGCCAACGGCGACAUUGUAAACAUCUCGAAGCUCCCCGCCGCCCAAACAUGGGUGGCGAAUAACGUCCUCCCUUUCUACCCUGACACCAAAAUUCAUCGUAUAGCCGUUGGGAAUGAAAUCCUAGCCACUGGGGACAAAUACCUCAUAGCCCACCUCGUACCAGCCAUGAGAUCCAUGAACGAAGCUCUCAAACUCGCUCAAAUCACUGAUAUUCAAGUCUCAACACCUCACUCUCUUGGAAUUCUACCCAUUUCCCAGCCACCCAGUUCGGGUCGGUUUAGACGCGGGUACGACCGGAUCAUAUUCGCACCUAUGUUGGAAUUUCACCGCCAAACAAAAACGCCAUUCAUGGUCUGCCCGUACCCGUACUUCGGAUUCUCCGAGGAAACUCUAGAUUACGCUUUGUUCAAACCAAACAGCGGCAUUUUCGACAAGGCCACGGGAUUGAACUACACAAAUAUGUUCGACGGGCAACUGGACGCUGUUUAUUCAGCAAUGAAGAGGCUGGGAUAUGAUGACGUGGACAUCGUGGUUGCCGAAACUGGUUGGCCUUCGGCGGGUGAUCCAAACCAGGUGGGAGUGAGCUUGGACGAUGCAGUUUCUUAUAAUACAAACUUGGUUCAGCAUGUGAAUUCCGGUGUGGGAACGCCGUUGAUGCCCAACAGGACUUUCGAGACUUACGUUUUCUCGCUUUUCAAUGAGAAUCUAAAGCCGGGAACCUCUGAGCGUAAUUUCGGGCUCUUUCAACCCGAUUUCUCACCCGUUUACGACUUAGGCAUUCUGCGCAACUCACAGACCGUGAAUCCCAUAGCUCCAUCUCCAACAAUGGAUGAGAGCAAGAAAUGGUGUGUACCAAAAGAAGAUGCAAGUGAUCCAGCAUUGCAAAAUAACCUAGACUUCGUUUGUGCAUCAGGAGUUGACUGCAAGCCCAUACAGGAUGGUGGAAUUUGCUUUGAGCCUAAUAAUGUCAGAUCGCACGCAUCCUAUGCCAUGAAUGCAUAUUAUCAAGCCAAUGGUCGCAACGAUUUUGAUUGUGAUUUCAUUGACACAGGCAUUGUCACUACUUCUAAUCCCAGCUACGAAGAAUGUACAUACGAUGCUUGA